CGGAUGUAGACAACCACAAGCACUUGGAUAAGUCAUAUAUACCUUGAUAAGCUUUUAGUCUAGGGUGUGAAACACUUUCCUUAUUUAUAAAAAAGAGAACUGUACCAAUAAAUCGGAUUUAGAUAAUCUCACAGAUCCAGUGCAACCGAUACAAAAUGUUCCAUUCAAUUGCUGGUGUCUUCAUCGUAUCCCUGGCAAUACAAGCCAAUUUCGCAUUUAUUGAUUAUCCACGUGAAACCGUUACACUGAAACUGUCUGACAAAGAUUUGGCACAAACAAUACCGGGUUCGUAUCUUGAGCCACGUAUUGCUACAAGCCUCAAAAACCUUAAGGUAGGUGAACAUGCUGCAGGUGAAAAAAUUUUCAGUACAGUGUACACAUACGAGAACGUCUACAAUUUCAUUUUGGUUCUAACUUUGCACCUGGAUAUGAGCGGGAUUAUUCAUUAUAUAAAUGCCAGAAACGUACCCGGUAGCGAUGCGGUUAUCUGUGCCAAUGGAGAUAGCUUAGGAUCGAAGGUAGGCAGUGUGCAGAUUCGAAUUGCACCGCAGGCCACGGCCAGAGUACAUUUCACCAUUGGGACACACUAAAUGAAAAUAGUUCUAUACUUUUAUAAACAGUUUUCUGUAACGAUCUUAUACAACAACUUCCUCGAUAUUGUUAUUACGCAUGGAAAUAAUUCUAAAUAUACUAAAUACAAAUUACGUAUGUAACGUUGAAAGAAUAAACGUACUACAUGCAUCAAUUAAA